GCACCGCUCCCCUUGCCAAAACUCUGAUAAGUCCUACAUACAAUCUGUCUGAUAUUUACAGCUUGUAUUUUAUGGCACGAGUUUUUAUGACGCAGCUCAUCAAUCCCACAUAAUACAAGCUGUGUUAUUACAUUUUUAAAAGACUGGAUUCUGGGAUGUGUGAUGUCAUUUCCUGCUUGUUUGAUUGUAAAUAGAACUAUACUGCUGCCUACAGACAGGGUAUUGAUCCUACUGGACACACAGUGUUACACACGGCCAUUAUCCUGUCUACAAGUCACUGUUCCUGGUACAUAACACACAGUUGGCUGUCUGGGUCAAGGCCUGGAGUUUCAUGCCUGUAGAAGUAGAUGGAGCCAAGGUUGUGACUGUAGGGUUAAUUUUUGUGACUGUUUAUAUAAGAGAGAAUGUUUACCAUCGAAAUGUUCAUUAUUGAUUUCUAAGUAGUAGUGCUUGUAUGUGUAUACGAGAGGAGUGGACUGUUGUUCUAAACACAGAACUUUACUUUUAGUAGAGAAAGUAAAAUUACUGUGGCAGAUUUACCAAUUUUUCAAAAUAUACCAACUGGACAGAGGAAAACCACAAGCCAUGAGUGAUAACCCAGACCUCCUGAGUCCUACAGAGGAUAAUUCUCACCUGUCAGAGGGGACCAGGCUGCGCAUGAAGCGUGUGAGAGAUCUGGAGCAGCAGAGACUGCAGCGCGUUUUGGCCAGGAGUAUUGCCACUGCUCAACAGCCCCCAGCAGUGGCUCAACAGGAUGCAGCAGCUGAACCACGAUCUCCGAUCAUAAGUUCACCAAAUUUAGGGUCAAGGUCACCUAACUCAACAAGGUCAACUGGCCGUGCUCGUUAUGUGACCGUUGGACGUAUGUCCAGAAGUAUAAGUGAAGACCGCACUGUUGUUCCAAGGCUACCACUCAAAGAUGAAGGUUCCGAAAAUAUUGGUCAGGCUGAAGAUGACGGGACCAGUAGCAGGAAUGAGGCCUCUGUUGGAGCAACAGGUGAGGUUACUGUGUUUAUGAAAAAACUUGAUGAACUGGCCUCCUCUGCAGAAAAUGAUGAUAUAAAACAAAGAUAUCUCAGAUUGAAAGAACUAGAAGAGACGAGACUUCAUGGCAGAGAGGGAGGUGAUAGGCCUGUAAGAGGCAGUGUCACACUGGGUCGUAGUGCCUCUGUCAAUGAACAUGUGUCCGCUGGGCGACUCGCUCGCAGAAAUUCUGAUCAGGUACGUCAAAGACACGGUUCUCCAGUAAUGUCCAGGAGACUUAUUCCAAACAGCGAUGAUUCUUCAGAGACACAGUUGUCACGAGCAUCAUCAGCCAGCAACCUGUAUACACCUGACCUUUCAUCACUAGACAAGUUCUUCAGUGGCAGGCGGCAGGAAAGUCUUAAAAGAAUAGAAGAAUUAGCUAAAUGUAGGCAACAUGGAUCAAGAAGCAUGUCCAUGGAUAUGGAACCAGGAGAAAGGUCAACAAGAGACAGAUUUCUUGAAUCCGUUACUGCACACCCUUCAAUACCUCGUAUUGAACCGAUAUCAUCCAUCUUGUAUACACGCACACACGAACCACCUAUACAGUACCCUAGCAUUGAUGAACGACUUGAAACCAUUUCUCCAAGGUACGGAAGUGAUACAUCUUUGAAUAGAAUCGGUAUUGGAUCUUUUGAUGACUUUCGCAGGGGAAGUGGGGACAAUUUAACACAGACCACCCAAGUGUAUCAUGACCCAUUGGUGCCUGGUUUGACCUAUGUAGAUGAGGAAGGUCAUACUCAGUGGAUCACACCUUCAAGUCCUUUGUACAAACAGAUGAAGGCAAUGGAUAAGCCGCCUUCUAUUGAUCUGAAACUUGAAGAACGUAAAAAGCGCAGUCUUCUAGCACGGGAAGGGUUAGAAGAUCACUUCCUCACUGAAUGUUUUGAUCCAGAUAUUAGUUUUGAGGAACGUAUAGGUUUGAUUCGGGAGAAGUUGUAUGGCUCUAAGGUUCUGAUACCUUCUGACAAACGUCGAGCAAUGGCAGACCGAGGUUCUCCUGAUGGUGCCUCAAAUGUAGUGAAAGACUGUAAUGCUUCUGGAGGGACAGAUAACGAAGGACAUCGUUAAAUAAUGCUUCUGGCGGGACAGAUAACGAAGGACAUCGUUAAAACACAAUUAUAAAUGUAACUUGCUUCAAAUGCUUUGACAUGGUUAUGCUUUUUGUAAUUUUGAUGGAAAAUGUAACUUUAAAAUUUAAAAGCUAAUUAAAUAUAUGCAAUAAUUGUGUUUUACAUAUGGAUAGACAAGUGUACUCAUUUUCUCAAUGUCAGUGUUUGUCCUGAUCAUAUAAGGUCCCAUGUUCACAAAUGGUAUUUUAUAACUUGCCAUAUACAGUGGGAAAUGGCUUUGCUGACGGUAUAACAACAGUGUGUUGCAGUAAAGCCUGGGGUAAAGACUUAUGAGGUCAUUGCAGUAAAGCCUGGGGUAAAGACUUAUGAGGUCAUUGCAGUAAAGCCUGGGGUAAAGACUUAUGAGGUCAUCAAUUAAUGUCCAACAUUAAGUACAUGUAUUGGUAUUACAUGAUGUAAAUCAUAAAUGCUAUUAUUUAGUUUUACAUAAUACAACUGUUUGAUUUUGUAGCUUCCAUGAAAAAUAUCUUGUUGAAGUAAUGUCAUAAAAGUUACUCAUUAUCAAACUGGUUAUAUCCACAAUGAGCAUUGAACUAUAUCUAUACCACCAGAUGAACAAAUGUUUGGUAAAUAUAUACAAAUCAUGUUUAAUAACUAUAUAAAAAUCAUUUAAAUAUAAAAAAAAUCAGUUGUGUUCAUAAUGUGCUGCUAUUUCUUACUGUGUAUAUACAAGUGACCUACUAGAUGUGCUAGUGACCUACUAGAUGUGAGAGUGACAUACUAGAUGUUAUAGUGACCUGCUAGAUGUGAGAGUGACAUACUAGAUAUUCUAGUGACCUACUAACUGUUAGAGUUCCUUAUUAGAUAUUCUAGUGACCUACUAGAUGUGAGAGUGACAUACUAGAUAUUAUAGUGACUUACUAGAUAUUCUAGUGACCUACUAACUGUAAGAGUGACUUACUAGAUAUUCUAGUGACCUACUAGAUAUUCUAGUGACCUACUAAAUGUAAGAGUGACCUACUAGAUGUCCUAGUGACCUAAUAAAUGUGCAAGUGACCUAUUUGAUGUGAGAGUGACAUACUAAAUGUGAGUGACCUUCUAGAUGUGAGAGUGACCUACUAAAUAUGUGAGUGACCUACUAGAUGUGAGAGUGACAUACUAACUGUGUGAGUGACGUACUAGAUGUUCUAGUGACCUACUAGAUGUUCUAGUGACCUACUAGAUGUGCACGUGACCUACUAGAUGUUAUAGUGACAUAUUAAAUAUGUGAGUGACCUACUAGAUGUGAGAGUGACAUACUAGAUGUUCUAAUGACAUCUUAAAUAUGUGAGUGACCUACUAGAUAUGCGAGUGACAUACUAGAUGUUCUAGUGACCUACUAACUGUUAGAGUGACUUACUAGAUAUUCUAGUGACCUACUAGAUGUGAGAGUGACCUACUAAAUGUAAGAGUGACCUACUAACUGUUAGAGUGACUUACUAGAUAUUAUAGUGACCUACUAACUGUUAGAGUGACUUACUAGAUAUUCUAGUGACCUACUAGAUAUUCUAGUGACCUACUAAAUGUAAGAGUGACCUACUAGAUGUCCUAGUGACCUAAUAAAUGUGCAAGUGACCUUCUAGAUGUGAGAGUGACAUACUAAAUGUGUGAGUGACAUACUAGAUGUUCUAGUGACCUACUAGAUAUGCGAGUGACCUACUAGAUGUUCUGGUGACCUACUAGAUGUACACGUGACCUACUUGAUGUUAUAGUGACAUAUUAAAUAUGUGAGUGACCUACUAGAUGUGAGAGUGACAUACUAGAUGUUCUAGUGACAUAUUAAAUAUGUGAGUGACCUACUAGAUAUGCGAGUGACAUACUAGAUGUUCUAGUGACCUACUAGAUAUAAGGAAACCUACUAGAUGUUCUAGUGACCGAUUAGAUGUGCCAGUGACCUACUAAAUAUGUGAGUGACCUACUAGAUGUUCUAGUGGCAUACACGAUAUGUGAGUGACCUACUAGAUGUUCUAGUGGCAUACACGAUGUGUGAGUGACCUACUAGAUGUUCUAGUGGCAUACACGAUGUGUGAGUGACCUACUAGAUGUUCUAGUGGCAUACACGAUGUGUGGGUGACCUACUAGAUGUGUGAGUGACCUACUAGAUGUGUGAGUGACCUACUAGAUGUGCUAGUGGCAUACACGAUGUGUGAGUGACCUACUAGAUGUGCUAGUGGCAUACAAGAUGUGUGAGUGACCUACUAAAUAUGUGAGUGACCUACUAGAUGUGAGAGUGACAUAUUAAAUGUGUUAGUGACAUACUAAAUGUUUGAGUGACCUACUAGAUGUUCUCGUGGCAUACACGAUGUGUGAGUGACCUACUUGAUGUGUGAGUGACCUACUAGAUGUGUGAGUGACCUAUUAGAUGUGCAAAUGGGCUUCUGUAGGUGACAAUGUUAUGUUUUACUGAUUUUAAAUGCAUACAAUAUAUAUGAUAACGAUCCUUCAACAUCUGGGAUAGUGUUAAGAGUCAUUGUCCUGAGAAAAGGUUAACAUCCUUACCUUAAGAAGCACCCUAGGCACUAAGCAAUUUGUGAAAGUUAGACUGGUCCCAGGAUCACAGGUCCAUAUUAUGAAAUCAACCUGUACAUGUAUGUAUUCUGUUCUUAAUUGUAAGAAAUUUCUGAAAUUUUGUCACAUUACCCACCUAUCCUUCAUUGUAAGUGUUGUGUACUUGUGUGUAAAACAGCUCAAUAAAAAACAAUUAUGACAUAGGCUUAAA